UGUGCCGGGCAUCAGGAGGCGCUCAUCAGGAGCAGCACGACCAGGAGGACCUCAUGAGAGCAUCACACUUGUGGCUUGAUGAGCUCCAGAGGAGGGAAGGUGUUACUCCUCUGCAGCCAUGAUCUAACCGCUUUCACCUGCUGUCCCACGCCAUCCUUGUUGGAGUUCAACAUGGGUCACUUAAGCGCUCUUUGAUGCACAUUUUCACUGGAAAUUACGCACCUCCGCACUGAAAAAAGCACUGAAAAGUGUGCUGCCGUUUUUUUUUUUUUUUUUUCCCCCGGUGGACUUACAUGCACUUCUUUUCCAUCAACCAACUUUUAGAGACUGAUAAAAACACUGUUUGGUGGUCCUAAAUGGAGCUGAGGACAUACCUGCUAGGCCUGGCGUGCAUCCUGCUGCUUAAAGGCUUGUGUCAGUGCUUCAACAUCGACGUCAAGCAUCCGCGGAUAUUUAGCGGCCCGGAUGACUCCCUGUUUGGCUUCUCCGUGUUGCAGCUUGAAACAGAGGGAGAGAAAUCAAUGCUGGUUGGCGCUCCCUGGGAUGGACCUCCCAAUAACAGGAAAGGAGAUGUGUACAGGUGCACUGUGGGCCAAGAGAUCCACUCCAACUGCAGCAAAAUGAACUUGGGUGAGACCGCCUUCCAGAACAUAUCCAAAAACCUCAAGGACUCUCACCUGGGAAUGACCCUGACUCCAGACUCACCUGAUGGCCUGUUGGCAUGUGCGCCACUGUGGUCCCAAGAGUGCGGCACGUCCAAGUUCAGCACGGGCAUCUGCGCGUCUGUCAGUGAUGACCUGCAGCCAAGAGACGUCAUCGCUCCUACCGCACAACGUUGCACAACAUACAUGGACAUCGUGAUCGUGCUGGACGGGUCCAACAGCAUCUACCCUUGGUUCGAGGUACAGAACUUCCUCAGCAACAUCCUGAGCAAGUUCCACAUCAGCCCAGACCAAAUGCAGGUGGGAAUCCUGCAGUACGGCGAGGUGGCGGUCCACGAGUGGUCCCUGCAAGACUACCAGACCACACAAGAGGUGGUGGAGGCCGCCAAGAACAUCAGCCGCCAGGAGGGGCGAGAGACGCGCACCGCGUACGCCAUCAACAUGGCCUGCACAGAGGCCUUCAGCGCUGAGCGGGGAGCGAGAGAUGGAGCCACCAAGGUGAUGAUCGUGGUGACGGACGGAGAGUCACAUGACGGCGAGGAGCUGCCCGACGCUUUGCUGGAGUGCGAGAGCAGAAACAUCACCAGAUACGCCAUCGCUGUUCUGGGCCACUACAUCCGCAGGCAGCAGGACCCUGAGACCUUCAUCAAUGAGAUCAAGUACAUCGCCAGCGACCCUGACGACAAAUACUUUUUUAACGUGACGGAUGAGGCUGCACUCAACGACAUUGUGGACGCUCUCGGAGACCGCAUCUUCUCUCUUGAAGGCACACUGGGCUACAACCAGAGCUCCUUCCACAUGGAGAUGUCCCAGAUUGGCUUCUCCACGCACAUACUGGAUGAUGGGAUUCUGUUCGGGAUCGUGGGCGCCUACGACUGGGACGGCGGCGUGCUGAAGGAGGGAAUCAACGGGAGGGUCAUGCCGGCCCGGGAGGCCUUCGAGAGCGAGUUCCCGCUGGAGCUCAAAAAUCACGCCGCUUACCUCGGCUACACGGUGUCGUCGGUGCUCGUGGGUGAUUGGCGGAGGCUUUAUGUCGCCGGUGCUCCUCGCUUCAAACACAAAGGCAAAGUCAUCCUGUUUGAACUCAGCGAUGACGGCCAAGUCAACAUAGUGCAGGCCCUCAAUGGCGAACAGAUUGGCUCCUAUUAUGGCAGCGAGCUGUGCGGACUGGACGUAGACCAGGAUGGCAUCACUGACGUCCUCCUGGUUGCAGCCCCCAUGUACCUGGGCUCAGGGAACAAGGAGGCUGGUAGAGUCUACAUCUACACCCUCAGCGGGGAAGAGGUGUUCGUCUCCAACGGCACCCUCAAGUCGGACAAAAAGUCCCAAGAUGCCAGGUUUGGCUACGCAAUGGCCGCAGCUUCGGACCUCAACCACGAUGGUUUCACCGACCUGCUGGUGGGCGCACCUUUGGAGGACGACCACCGAGGCGCCGUUUACGUGUACCACGGCCAAAGCAUUUAUAUCAUCCACAAUUACAAGCAGCGUAUUUCAGGGAUGUCAGUGUCACCGGCCUUGCAGUAUUUUGGCCGCAGCGUGAGCGCAAGGUUGGACUUGGACGGAGAUGGGCUCAUUGACUUGGCGGUUGGAUCUCAUGGUAGCGCUGUGCUGCUCAGAUCCAGAAGCAUCGUCCAGAUCAACGUGACUCUGGCCUUCCAGCCGCAUUCCAUCAACGUUAUCCAAAAGACAUGCCAGCGAGGAGGCAGAGAGUCAGCCUGCCUCGACGCCACAGCCUGUUUUAUGGCGGUGUCGCGCUCCCCUGGACCCAACAGCAACAGCUUUGACCUCUGGGUGUCGGCCAUGUUGGACGACAGGAAGUUAUCAGCUCGGGCACUGUUUGACGACAGCUCCCACCGGCAGACCCAGCUGUCGCUGCGGGCCCACACAGGGCAGACUCUUUGCUACAAGCUGCCCUUCCACGUCUAUGACACGGCAGACUACAUCCGUCCCAUUAGCUUCUCCCUGCGCUUCAAGAUCAACAACACGGAGAGUGGGCCCGUGUUGGACGAGGGCUGGCCCACUUCCAUCAAGAAAUAUAUCCCGUUCUUUAAGGACUGUGGCGAGGACGACGUGUGCACCACGGACCUGGUGCUGCAGGCACAAAUGGACAUCUCUGGGACCAGACAGAGGCCCUACGUGAUCCGUAGCCCUCGUAGGCGUCUGUCAGUGGAGGUCCAACUGGAGAACCGACUAGAAAACGCCUACAACACCAGCCUGACGCUGCACUACUCACGCAACCUGCACUUCUCCAGCCUCAGUAUCAGGGAGGAUGCCAACUUUAAGAUUGAAUGCACGGCGGUGGGUUCCAACAGCCACUCGUGUAACGUCAGCUACCCGGUGUUCCGCUCCCAGUCCAAGGUGAACUUCAUGCUGGAGUUUGAGUUCAGCUGCUCCGCCCUGCACAGUCGAGUCCAAAUGAAGCUCAAUGCCGCCAGUGACAGCAUCGAGAGACAAGACACGUUAGGGGACAACAGUGUCCAACUGCAGAGUUUUGUCCAGUAUGAGCCCGACUUGUUUGUCAGCAGCGAUUCUAACUUAAACCGAUACGAGGUGCAUCCAACCAGGACAAUGUCAGAAGCCAUUGGACCAGAGUUCCACACGCACUUUAAGAUCCAGAACCUGGGCUGUUACUCUGUGAGUAAUCUGGAGCUCAGGCUGCUCCUGCCCUCCGUGGCCGCAGGGGACAGAGUCUUCAUGACGGUCACUGACGUCUCUUCACACAACGCGACCGGCGUGAACUGCAGCGUGACCAGCGAUCUGGCUCGGCUGAAGGGCCACCAGAGAGACGUGCGCCCCCUGCACCCCGAGGACAUGAUGCAGAAUGACAUCCUGAACUGCAGCAGGUCCUGGUGCAUCGAGGUGACGUGUCAAGUCCAGCAGCUCCUCAAUGGACAGGCUGCUGUUAUUCGCCUUAGCCGGAGAGUCCAUGAUGACUUUUUCAGAAAGGCCAAAUAUAAGUCGGCAAGGAUAAUCAGCACGUAUCAGAUUGCACCUCAAGAAACCAACCUCAUCACUCUGGGAACAGGAACAGUGUGGAGAGAGACUGUACUGGAGGUCCUGAAGGGAAGAGCCAUUCCCAUCUCACUGUGGAUUCUGAUCGGCAGCAUCAUCGGUGGUCUGCUGCUGCUGGCCCUCAUCAUCUUCAUCCUGUGGAAGCUCGGCUUCUUCGCACGCAAACACAGAGACGACGAGAACCACGAGGACUGAGGUGGAUAUUUGCGAGCCCACGCCCAGGCCCGGAGACCACGCCCAUCAGGGCUCCAACAGAAAUGCACUACCCACUACUUCCAGGAUUGGGAGCACUUAUGUAAAUAGUAUUUUUUUUAUUUGGUAUUGUACUAAACCGCAUUUGCUCUAUUUAAUAUGCUCACCGUUUCAUAUUUCAAACCAUCACCGCUUGUCAGACUUGUCCAACUUUGUGCUGAAAUAAAUUCAAACUAGAAAAAAAAAGUAUUUGUCGUUUGGUUUCGGAAACACCACCAAUUUCCAUGAGGCGUUAUUAAAUUGAAUAUAAAUAUAAAGCCAAAUAAUUGAAACUACUUACACAUUUAUUUGACUUCCAAU